CUUUGUGCGGGGCGGCGCUUCCGCCGGCGCGGCAGCGGGGACUCCGCAGUGGGUUGCGGGCGAUGGAGCGGUGGGUGAGCCCGCAGCUCCGGCUGUGGCUGCUGUUGCUAUUACUGCCCCCAGUGCCGGGCCGCCAGAAGGAGUCAGGUUCAAAAUGGAAAGUAUUUAUUGACCAAAUUAACAGGUCUUUGGAGAAUUAUGAACCAUGUUCAAGUCAAAAUUGCAGCUGCUACCAUGGGGUCAUAGAAGAGGAUCUCACUCCUUUCCGAGGAGGCAUCUCCAGGAAGAUGAUGGCGGAGGUAGUCAGACGGAAACUAGGGACCCACUAUCAGAUCAUUAAGAACAGAUUAUACCGAGAGAAUGACUGCAUGUUCCCUUCAAGGUGUAGUGGUGUUGAACACUUCAUUUUGGAAGUUAUCGGGCGGCUUCCAGACAUGGAAAUGGUGAUCAAUGUACGAGAUUAUCCUCAGGUUCCUAAGUGGAUGGAGCCGGCCAUUCCAGUCUUCUCCUUCAGUAAGACAUCAGAGUACCAUGAUAUCAUGUAUCCUGCUUGGACAUUUUGGGAAGGCGGACCUGCUGUUUGGCCAAUUUAUCCUACAGGUCUUGGACGGUGGGACCUCUUCAGAGAAGAUCUGGUAAGGUCAGCAGCACAGUGGCCAUGGAAAAAGAAAAAUUCUACAGCAUAUUUCCGAGGAUCAAGGACAAGUCCAGAACGAGAUCCUCUCAUUCUUCUAUCUCGGAAAAAUCCAAAACUUGUUGACGCAGAAUACACCAAAAACCAGGCCUGGAAAUCUAUGAAAGAUACUUUGGGGAAGCCAGCUGCUAAGGAUGUCCAUCUUGUGGAUCACUGCAAAUACAAGUAUCUGUUUAAUUUUCGAGGUGUAGCUGCAAGUUUCCGGUUCAAACACCUCUUCCUGUGUGGUUCACUUGUUUUCCAUGUUGGUGAUGAGUGGCUGGAAUUCUUCUAUCCACAACUGAAGCCGUGGAUUCACUAUAUUCCAGUCAAAACAGAUCUCUCCAAUGUCCAGGAGUUGUUGCAUUUUGUAAAGGCAAAUGAUGAUGUGGCUCAAGAAAUUGCUGAAAGGGGAAGCCAGUUUAUUAUGAACCACUUGCAGAUGGAAGACGUCACCUGUUACUGGGAGAGCCUGUUGACCGAAUACUCUAAAUUCCUAUCCUAUAAUGUAACAAGAAGGAAAGGCUAUGAUCAGAUUAUUCCCCAAAUUUUGAAAACUGAACUCUAGUCAUCAUCGGCGGACCACAGUCCUCUCUGGCAGCAGCUCUCAGAUAUCCUGUGGUGAGAAGCUUACCAUGAGUGCGGCACCUAUACCUUGAAUACUGUUAUCAAGCCAAAUAUCUGGUUUUCCUUAUCAUGCUGCACUCAGAGCAACUCCCGAGAAAGAUCCAAAAUGUGUAUGAUACAGACCUGAAGCAGCUCAACGCUUUGGCUGAAUAAGGACGAGAAAUCAUGAGAUGUGGGUUUUUAACCCAGUUCUACUUUUUAUUUUCUUAAGACCAAUCACAGCUUGUGCCUCAGAUGAUCCAUACAUGUAUCUCCAUCACCGUGAAACUGACUGUGUCUGUGGGAUGAUACUUUGUCCCAUUAUUUGGAGCAGAAAAUUAAUCAUUUGGAACUAGUACAGCUCAUCACCGCAGUUCUGCAGUUAUUCUAGGUUUGAUCUCUGUCACUGUAUUUUACUGUAGGAAGCCCUAUAGGGUUUGUGAAAAAUACUUGGGGAUCAUUUCCUGAAAGGUCUAAGGAAGCAGUAGUUGUACCAUGCAAUGAUGGGGCAGUUCUCUUUUGUAAAAGCAUAAGCUUUUUGGUACUCAGGAGGUUUCUGUAAUGCUACAGAGAAAGAGGCCAAUUGCCUGAGUAUUGCAAUUGGAUUUCAAGUUCCCCUUUUGUGCCUUCACACACUUGUUUUUAUUGUCUCUAUUUAAAAAACAAAAAAAGACAAAAACCUCUUAAUAAAUGUAGGAAGUAGUCCUCAUUCUUGAAAGGAACUGUGCAUAAAACAGCAGUCCUUCCUCACUCCUUGCACACCCUUAAUAUUUUUCCUCUUUAAAUUGGCAGCAGUCCAUAUCCUCAAAGGUGUGCAGGGACCUCAAGGAGUCUUCACCUAUGAAAUGUUACACUGGGAGUUUAGACCAUCCAACUUGAGCACUAACUUAUGUCGGAGAUACUUCAGUGCAAAUCCAUGUUGGAGUACUUCCUUUCCCCUCUUUUCCCUUUUUGAAAAACACAUUUGGAUAGUAAUUUAAUCUCUCAGGAUGCACUCCCUAGCACAGUC